UCCCUAAGUUGCGCAGGUCUCCUAUUCGGAAACAUUUCCAGUCCUUCUGAAGCGGAGACCGUCUCCGGUGAACGGUGGAAGUCCCGGCGGGGUGAAGAGAAGGAGGGACGGAAUGCGCGGCGCCGGAGAGCCCGCGGGAACAUGGCCGUUGCGCCCCACCCUGGCCUCUAUGGGCAAAGCAGCAGAGUUGUGUUGACGGAGCGGCAAUGAAGUUGUCACUGUCCUUGUGACUGACAGGCAGGGCGACAGUGGCAGCUCCCUGCGGGGGACUUUGUACUGGGGCUCUGAUAGUUCUGCCCUGCAGGAGACAUGCUAGCCUUCAUAGCCAGGAGCAUGGCCAGGCCGGCCCGCUUGGUGAGGCCCGUCUCCUUGGUGAAGCUGCCAGGUAGGUACUUGGCACACCAAGAGGGGUUGCCAAACCUUCCCGUACCCCAAUUGCAACAGACGCUGGACAAGUACCUUCUGGCCUUGAAACCUCUGGUCCCUGAAGAUGAAUGGCACCACACCAGCCAGCUGGUGGAGGACUUCCGGACAUCUGGAGUGGGCGAGCGGCUGCAGAAGAGGCUUGAGAGGAGAGCGCAGAAGACUGAAAACUGGCUCGCCGACUGGUGGCUGCAGACGGCUUACCUAGAAUACCGCCUGCCGGUGGUGGUGCACUCUAGCCCCGGGGUGGUUUUACCAAAGCAAGAUUUUGCAGACCGCCAGGGGCAGCUAAGAUUUGCGGCGAAGCUGAUUAAGGGCGUUCUGGACUUCAAAGCCAUGAUAGACAAUGAGACCAUCCCCGUGGAAUAUCUGGGUGGUAAACCGCUAUGUAUGAAUCAGUACUAUCAAAUUCUAUCAUCGUGUCGAAUUCCUGGCCCAAAGCGUGACUCCGUGGUCAACUACAGCCAAGUGAAGAAGCCCCCCACUCACAUAACUGUGGUCCAUAACUUCCAGUUUUUUGAACUGGACGUGUACAACAGUGAUGGAAGCCCCCUCACCGUCGAUCAGAUUUUUAUUCAACUGGAAAAGAUCUGGGGGACCUCCCUACAGUCGAACAAGGAGCCCAUCGGCAUCUUGACUUCCAAUCACAGGAACAGCUGGGCCAAGGCCUACAACAACCUUAUCAAAGAUAAAACAAAUAAGGAGUCAGUGCGCUCAAUCCAGAAGAGCAUCUUCACCGUGUGCCUGGAUGGUCCAAUACCCAAGGUCUCUGAUGAUCACUACAAGAGCCGAGUGGCCGCUCAGAUGCUGCAUGGCGGAGGCAGCCGCCUGAACACUGGCAACCGGUGGUUUGACAAAACCCUUCAGUUCAUAGUAUCAGAGGAUGGGUCAUGUGGGCUGGUGUAUGAACACGCUCCUGCAGAAGGACCACCCAUUGUGGCCUUGGUCGACCACGUCGUUGAAUACACGACGAAGCCUGAUCUGGUGAGGUCGCCGAUGAUUCCUCUGCCAAUGCCAAAAAAACUUCGCUUCAACAUCACUCCAGAAAUCAAGAAUGACAUUGAGAAAGCCAAGCAAAACCUGAACAUAAUGGUUCACGACCUGGAUGUCAAGGUGUUUGUUUUUGACGUUUUUGGGAAAAAUUUUCCGAAGGCAGAGAAGCUGAGCCCAGAUGCCUUUAUCCAGGUGGCGCUCCAGCUGGCCUAUUUCCGGAUGUACGGACAAGCCUGCGCCACUUACGAGAGCGCGUCGCUGCGAAUGUUCCGCCUUGGAAGGACGGACACUAUCCGCUCUGCCUCUGUGCAGUCUCUGGAGUUUGUGCAAGGAAUGGAGGAUUCUGGGAAACAGAACAUGGAGAAGGUGGAUCUGCUGAGGAAGGCGGUUCAAGCUCAUCGUGCCUACACAGACAUGGCAAUCGGUGGAAAAGCCAUAGACCGCCAUCUUCUGGGAUUGAAGCUUCAAGCCAUUGAGGAUUUGGUCAGCAUUCCGGAGAUCUUCAUGGAUACGUCUUACGCCGUGGCCAUGCAUUUCAACCUCUCCACCAGCCAGGUGCCUGCAAAGACGGACUGUGUCAUGUGCUUCGGCCCAGUGGUGCCCGAUGGGUACGGCGUUUGCUACAACCCCAUGGAAGAUCACAUCAACUUCUCCGUAUCCGCGUUUAACAGCUGCGCUGAAACCAACGCAGCCAGGAUGGCCCAUUAUUUGGAACGGGCCCUUUGUGAUACUGCAGAAGCUGAUUCAGACCACCCCAUAAGUCUAAGCUUUAACCCUAUAGCAGCCUGGAGACUUUAACCACAGAAUAUGGUGGUUUAAAUGGACAUCUGUGAGUGCGGGCACCAGCUGGUUAGCAUUGAAGGACUACAGCAGUUAGAUGCGGUGCCCUCUCUUCUUUGGACUAGCAACUGUAACAGGUCAGCCGGUCUAAAUACUAAUCAGAAUAUUGAAUCCAGCAAGGAAACCAGGGGGGUUUAUCAAAACUGCUGCCUGUAGUCACCAAUCUGAUAGCCGCUUUCCUUGGGAAAUGAAAGCCCCCGCUACAGUUUUGCUAAAUCUGCCCCAAUCCUAAACUCUGAUGUUGCAUGCAUUUGGGUGGCGGUUUUAUGGCUCGUUCUGGGUAAACUGCUAUCAUAUUUGUGUUUACUGAUUUAGGAUAUUAGAGAGUUUACUGGUGCUUGUGUGAGCUACACGAGGGCGAGAGGGCCGUACGUGGUAUGACACAGGUUGCACAGAAUGGGAUAAGGGGUUUCUAAAGACCUGGAUCUCCAUUGUGGGUGUUCAUGACAGGUCACUUUGUGGAGGGGUGGUACAGGAUUAGAAAACAUGGUAGAUUUUUUCCAGAAACGGCGCCACGCCUGUCCAUCCGCUGUGUGUGAUAGUGCAGCUCCUGCCAUAGAGCCACCACAAUCCGACAGAUGGUCUAGAGUAAACUUUCUGGCGUCAGUCGGCAUUUCUUUUCUGUUAUAUUACACCAUUAGGCCCCAUUUACACGACCCCCGUAUUGUUGCUCCGCAUCUGAUCUGUAUUUUUUGCAGAUUGGUUGCGGACCAAUUCCUUUUUAAUGGGUCUGCCAAAAUGCGGACAGUAUGUCUGUUUCUGC